UCAAGCAAACAGUUCAAAAAUAUUACUGUGCACCGCUGUUGCUGAUUAGUUAAACAAGCAACAAACAUGUGGAUUUUAAUUAUGAUGGUUUUAGCACAGCAGUGAGGGUGUAUUUGUGCACUACUUGAGUUCGUUGAGCUCAGCCCAGUCACUUAUCCUGGUUUUCUAUGUCGUACUUUUGUGCAACGGGCAUUCUGGUAAAUAUAAAUUAGUUCUCCUUCAUAAUUUUUACUUAAAUAUUUGUUACGUUUGUUAUAUGUUAUGUAAUUUACAAUUCUAUUCAGAUAACAAACAUAAUCCGAGGCAUGGUGUUGAGGCAUAGGAAGCAUAGUAGAUGUCAUUACUCAGCAACAACCAGCAGAGGGCACUAUUAAUUCACGCCUAAAUAGUUUUUAGCCUGCACCGGAUAUAUGUAUUCAUUUGUUUUUUGUAUUACUUUGCCUGUCGUUAAAAGGAGAAAGAAUAGUAAACGUGUGUCUGUAAAGAGCAUAGGUUGGGACAGAAUUGACUGAGGUUCCCCAGGUUGCUCAAUAAUAAUCAUAAUAUUGCUGCAGCUUUUUCAUGUUCACACUAAUAUCUAUCUACCAAAAUCAGUAGCUUGGAGUUUUAUUUUACUGUGAUUUUUUUUAGUUCAUCAGUGAGAUUCAGGAUGCUUUUUUUUUCCAAACCGUCCUAUGCACUCCUAUGAUGAAAGGAAUAAGCACAGCUGUGACUUCCUGCUUUUGGGCACUGGAGACCUCAUCAGAAUUUUGUCCCAAGGGAGAUAUAAGGGUUCCAGGGGGGAGGCGUCUGUCUAUUCCUUGUGGUGGGGUUACAUUAAUUAACCUGGUUCACAAAUCAAAACCAAUCAUUUAUAUUUGGGGGGUUAUAUUGGCCGGAUCAGAUUUUUGCGGGGGGUCAUGACCCCUGUAUCCCCCGUGCAAAUGACAUGCUUGGCAGUGGUGCAACCUGUCCACCAAGGCUAUUUAACUCAGUUGUUCCAGGAGCUAUAUAUUUAUAACGCUACACUGCUUAUAAAGCAAUUACGGCCUACGUGAUGGUUAAAAUCCUUAAUAAUACAGGAACUGAGUACAGCACACAUGCUCAUCAAACAUCUAUAUUACAGGAGUGGAGCCAAGAUAGUGACAUAUUCACAACAAUAACAAAAUAACAUCUACUGAUACUAAGAUCUUACUUUUUACUGUAAUUUACAUUGACAGCUCUAUGCAGACUACAAAAUACAAUACUAGUGAGCGGCAAUCGCUUAUCUAAAAAACAAAUAUGGAUUUACAGAUCAACUGUGGGGUAGGCUACAAAGACGAGUAAUCGCAAUCCAUGUUUUGCUGGUAAUUCACGACGAGAACACUUUCAACCAGGUUGAAACGCAGCCAAAAAUGCACGCAAUGAAAGUGACAUUCAUGGCAGUUUUACUGGCAGUGAUAGCCACUGACAGUUAUCACUUAACUAUAUGCACUGCAAUGACUUCAGGACAUGUGACAGUUGUUAUUUAGCAAGCAAUUUGUCAUGAAAAGGCAUGUUAUUCCACGAUUUGCAGUGACCCUGCGAUCAAAGAUGACCCUUUGGAUUUAUUGUCGCACACAACAACAAAUACAACAUAUAGUAACCAUUUAAGAAUCAUCACUUCAUUAGCCCAGUGCAAUAUUAGUAGAAAAAUGUGCCUUGACUUACUGCCACUUUGGCAUGAUUUUCCGUGGUCAAAUGUCUUUGACGCUUUAGUUCAAGGGUGGGCAAACUACGGCCCGGGGGCUACAUGCGGCCCACCAAGCGUUUGAAUCCGGCCCGCCAGUUGCUUUCUAAGUAACUUCAACUUUUAACAUACAAACUGGCAACAUGACUUGCAAGUCGGAUGUCUGAUUUAAUAAAAAAUAAACAACAAAACUGUCAAAUUAAAUGACAUAGUUUGAUGUGGUGUGAUGUUUAAAGUGCUCCUAAAAAAGGGACAUGAGAACAUACAACUGAUAUAGGAUAACACUUUUACAGAUAAAAUUAGACAAAUAAUUCAAGGAAAAUGAUAAGCAUAAAAUAGUGUGUGUGUGUUAAAUAUAUGUUCUGGCCCCCCAGACAAUUUUGUUAACUCAAUGCGGCCCUCGAGUCCAAAUAUUUGCCCACCCCUGCUUUAGUUCUAUCAGCAGAGCAGUAUAGAAUCAAUUGUGCCUCGAAGUUAGCUGACGUACUGAAUUACCGGUAUCCUUGAGUGUUCCAACAAAAUCAUUCAACACAAAGGGUGGGCACAAUCUAAAAAAUAUAUAACAAACCACAGAAAUUCAUACAGAACUGGAACAAAAAAAUCGAGAAACCAUAACUUCUGGGUAGAAACGUCUGCGCUAAACGUCACUUGCACCAAUUCUUCAGUCUCCAGUUGGAGUGGAAAAAAAACAAUAAUUAUUUCAACAUCGCGAGCACAUCAAACAGGAAACAUGCCUUUUAGUUUUUUAAAACUAAAAUUAACAUGUGUUUUGGUGUCAUGAGCACUUACAAACAGUUUUAGCCAAACAAUGCAUUUAAUGGUAAACAGUAGCCUACCAGAAAAGUUUUUAAUCACAGUCAUCUUCCUCCUGCAUCUUUUUUAGUGCCGGAAUUGAACAGUUUCACAAUUCUUUCAUCACACACUUUGUCAGUCUCUCUCUGUCUUUUGUUGUUGCUAAGUUUUACUUUCUUCAUCAGCCUUUGGAAACUUGUUGGUGAUAGUGGAUUUUUAACGCUGCAUCCAGGAUGUUAAGGUCCACUGGCAGACUUGAAUAAAAUCUAUUAGAUUGAUCGCCUUUAACUUGAAGGUUCCAUCACAUGAAUUUCUUUGUGUGUUUGCCAUGAUAAGAGUGUGUGCAUGAUCCGCAUAAUGACUGUUCUGAAGCAUACGAGAUGCUGCAAGAUUAGAAUGAGACCGUAAAUUAACUGCAUCAUUGUGUAAACCGCAGCGUUCAAAGCGUUCGGAAAAAAGUAGCGACUUGAACAAUAGAAAUCACAGAAGUCAUUGAACCUGCUAGGAAAAGUGCCUCUAUAUGAUGCACUUUUAACUGUUUUUUGGAAUCUACUACAAAAUCACUAGUCAAAACGGCCUCCAUCUUUUUUUUAUUUCUAGCAUAAAGAAAAUGAUAUUGAAUGAUUUUUCUUCUGUUGUCAUGUUUUUAUGGCGCUGCUCUUGGCGAGUUGACAGGCUGCACUGUCCAUGUCGAGAGAGAGAGAGAGAGAGGGUGGAAGAAGAAGAUGGAAGGGGGAGGUGAGAGAAAAGGGGAAAAAAAUGACUUCACCACCACGACUGGACUGCCCCCUUUCUCCCCCCUCAGCCUCUUGCUGUCUCCUAACUUUAGUCCUCCCUCCUCCUCCUCCUCUUCCUCUUGUGUUUUUUUAAAUGACUGUGGAAGAAGGGGAGCAAGCAUUUGCAGCUUGACUGAAGGUGCUGGCAGAGAGCGUCACGCAGGAGAAGACUGAGGGGCAGCACACUGAAGAGGACUGAGGGGAUGUCUCCAAGACAGACGAAGACAUAUAGGACAUGCAGGUUUGUGUAUUAGACGCAUAGACAGAGGAAAGCAAAGGUUUGUUUCUGCAGGAAGGACCACAAGAAGCAUCUUUCUGCAGAGGAGCACGCCACUGAGAAGGAAGCAAUGCUUUUAAGAAACUCCACACUGAGCUUUGAGGACACUAUUUAUCUUCCUUAACUCCUCAUAAAGUUGACUCUAUUCGCCCUAGCUCCUCACCAUGUCCACACUGUCAUGGACUUGUUGCUUCCUCGUGCUGUGCAUCCUGGACGUAUGGAUCACAGCCGGGCCAGCACAGCCGCAAGCUCAGCUGCAGCCCCGCCGCUCCAGACAAAUGUCAUCUUCAGGUAACCUGUCGGAGAGCGCAGAGAAGAAAGUGGCCCGUCUUGGCCUGGCCUUCAAGCGCAACGUCCGCGAGCUACGAGACAAGAGCACCUGCUUGGACCUGGUCUUCCUAGUGGAUGAAUCGUCCAGCGUGGGGGCAAACAACUUCGGCAGCGAGCUGAGGUUUGUGCGAAAGAUGCUGUCUGACUUCCCCGUGGCGGCGGAGAACACACGCGUGGCCUUGGUGACCUUCUCAUCCAAGACCCACGUGGUGACGCGGGUGGACCACAUCACCGCACCCAAGCCACACCAGCACAAGUGUUCCCUCUUCAACAAGGAGAUCCCGGCCAUCAAUUACAGAGGAGGGGGUACUUACACCAAAGGAGCCUUCCAGCGGGCGGCGCAAAUCCUUCGUAAUUCCCGUGCAAAUGCCAGCAAGGUUAUAUUCCUGAUCACCGAUGGCUACUCAAACGGAGGAGACCCUCGCCCGGUUGCGGCAGCUUUGAGGGAGCGCGGUGUGGAGAUCUUUACCCUGGGCAUCUGGCAGGGGAACAUCCGAGAGCUACACGACAUGGCCUCCCACCCCAAGGACCAGCACUGCUACCUGGUGCACAACUUUGCUGAGUUUGAAGCAUUGGCUCGCCGCGCAUUGCAUGAAGAUCUCCCCACCGGCAGGUACAUCCAGGAGGACCUGUCCCGCUGCUCCUCCUUGUGUGAAGCUGGCCGGGAAUGCUGCGACGUGAUGGCCAGCUGCAAGUGCGGAACACACACGGGGCAAUACGAUUGCAUCUGUGAGAAGGGAUACUAUGGAAAGGGUCUACAGCAUGAGUGCACAGCAUGCCCACCUGGCACCUACAAAUCAGAGGGAGCGCCAGGCGGUGUGAGCACCUGCCUUCUAUGCCCGGACCAGCAUCACACCUCCCAGCCUGGCAGUACCUCCCUCAGCGACUGCAUCUGCAAGCCGGGCUACCAGCAAGUGGGCGUGACCUGCCAGGUGGUCUACUGCUCCCCGCUUCCUCCUCCGCAAAAUGGCUUCUUCAUCCAGAAUGUAUGUAACAACCACUUUGAUGCGGCCUGUGGCGUGAAGUGCCAGCCGGGAUUCGAGCUCCAAGGAACGGGCAUCAGACUGUGUCAGGCCGACGGCACCUGGUCGGGCUCCCCGGCCAUUUGUAAAGCGCGUUCCUGUCCACCCUUGGCCAAGCCCCAGCACGGCUUCCUGAAGUGCAGCAAUGGCAGCGCCUCCUUCCGGGCGGAGUGCCAGGUGGGCUGUGACCGAGGCUACAGAAUAGAGGGGGGCCCCAGGAUCACAUGCCUGGCCAACUCCCAGUGGAGUGGACCCCUACCUCGGUGUGUGGAGGUGCGUUGUCCGCCCAUCGGGGCUCUAAAGAACAUCCUACUGUCACCCCCUGCCUGUACGAGAAGGUCAGCGUCUCCAGGAUCCGCCUGCAUGCUCACCUGUCGGCAAGGGUACAGUCUCCAGGGAAACAGAAAGGCGGUGUGUCUCGGGUCUGGGAACUGGACGGCUAAUGUCCAUAAGGCGGUCUGCAAAGAUACUGAGCCACCAUGGAUCCAGUGCCCGGAGAGUAUAGUCGCAGAAACAGAUGACCGACGCAGCACCGCUCAUGUCAACUGGACAGCCCCCACCGCCACCGACAACUCCAAAGAGGAGGUGGCCGUGCAUGUGAAACCGGUGUACACUCCUCCGCAACUCUUCCCCAUCGGAGUGGAGACCAUCACCUACAUCGCUGUGGACCGCUCGGGGAACCAGGCCAACUGCUCCUUCACGGUCACUGUCAUUGAUACGGAGCCCCCAGUGAUUGACAGGUGCAGGUCGCCUCCCACAGUCCAGGCCUCAGAAGACACAGACACGGCCGUUGUUUGGGAGGAGCCUGAGUUUUCCGACAACUCAGGUGGCCGACUCUCUGUGACUAGCACCCAUCCUCCAGAUUCACUGUUCCCAGUCGGAGAGACUCUGGUCCAGUACACCGCUACUGAUGCUGCAGGAAACAACCGCACUUGCAACCUCACCGUCACUGUACGAGGCACCAAUUGUGAGCAGCCGUAUUCCCCAAUAAACGGAGAGUUCAUCUGCUUGGAGGAAGAGAAAGGCUUUAAUUGUACCCUGCACUGUAAACCAGGCUACAGUUUCACUCAGGACGCAGUGCACAGCUACUUCUGUGCCCACAAUGGUUUGUGGGAGCCACCCUACUCUGCAGACAGACCCGACUGCUCAGUGAACCGAGUGGCCAACAAUGGGCUAAAGCCAUUCGAGAUGCUGUUUAAAGCCUCUCGCUGUGACGACCUGGACCUGGUCAAGUCAUUUACUGGACACUUCAACUCCAAACUGGGAAGCAUGCUGCCAAAUAUUUGCAGCGGCGAUGAUGUCACUUGCAAACUGGAGGUGAUGUCACAAGGCCACUGUCUGGAGUACAACUAUGACUACGAGAAUGGAUUUUCCAUAGCACCAGGAGGUUGGGGUCCUCAGGGCACACAAGACUAUGCAUACUUUGAGUCAGGCUUUGCUACAGGCGCCCGCCAGCAGGACAGCAGCCUAGAACCACGCCAUCGCAGCAAGAGGCACAGAAAGAUUCGGGGCCCCACCAGAGACCAGAAGAUACAGAUCUUUUUCAACAUCACAGCAAGCAUCCCUCUCCCGCUGUCGAGGAACGAUUCCAUCGAGGUGGCCAAUCAGCGAAGGCUCCUGCGAACCCUGGAGCAGCUAACCAAUCGUCUGAAGCGAACGCUGGCCAGGCAGCCGCUGUCCAGCUUCCAUUUGUCCUCCGAGAUGAUUGUCGCCGACCCCAAAUCACUGGAUAGCAAGAGGGCCUCGCUGUUCUGCAGACCGGGCUCGGUGCUCAAAGGAAGAAUGUGUGUCCAAUGCCCGGUGGGAACGUAUUUCUCUCUGGAAUAUAAUGAGUGUGAGAGCUGCUGGAUAGGCUCCUACCAGGACCAGGAGGGUCAACUGGAGUGUAAAUCCUGCCCUGCGGGGACCUCCACCGCCUACCUGCACUCUCGCAGCAUGGCUGAAUGCAAAGGGCAGUGUAAACCCGGCAGUCACUCUCUGAACGGCUUGGAGAUAUGCGAGUCAUGUCCACUUGGUCACUUCCAGCCCGGUUAUGGUGCCAGAGAAUGUUUGGUCUGUCCUGACGACACCUCCACCGUCACCAGAGGAGCUGUGGAUGAGAUGGAGUGUGGAGUCCCGUGUUCAUCAGGUCAUUUCUCCCGUACGGGCCUCGUUCCCUGCUACGCUUGCCCAAGAGAUUAUUACCAACCUGAUCAUGGACGCUCUUAUUGCCUGUCCUGCCCUUUUUAUGGCACUACCACGGUUACCGGGGCGACCACUAUUCAACACUGCUCCAGUUUUGGCUCCAGCUUCCUCCCCAAAGAGGAGAGUGUAACUGCCGCUCCAGAGGUGGAGGUCAGUGAGGACUACCAAGCCAGCAGCCAGGUUUUCCAUGAGUGCUUUCUGAAUCCCUGUCAAAAUAAGGGAAUGUGUGAGGAGGUCGGGGCUGGCUACGUUUGCACCUGCAUGCCUGGAUUCACAGGGGCCAAGUGUGAGAUGGACGUGGAUGAGUGCGACUCGGCUCCAUGUCUGAAUGGAGGCCGGUGUAAGGAUGGCAUGGGAGAAUUCCAGUGUGAGUGCAAACCUGGAUACGUAGGCUCUGUGUGUGAGGCGGAGGUGAACGAAUGUCACUCGUCCCCGUGCCUAAACGAAGGUGUGUGUGUGGACGAGGUCAAUAAGUUCACGUGCAGUUGUCCCGCCGGCUUCACAGGACCUCGUUGUGAACUGGAAAUAAAUGAAUGCCUAUCCAACCCCUGCGAGAACAACGGCAGGUGUGAGGACCUGGUGGGUGGUUUCGCUUGCGACUGCGCCGUCGGCUUCUCCGGGGACCGCUGCGAAGUCGACGUGGACGAGUGUUACAGCGUUCCCUGUCUUAAUGGCGGCUCUUGUCUUGAUGCUGUUAACGAUUUCAGGUGUCAGUGUGUGGAGGGCUACCGGGGUCGACUUUGCGAGGUGGACGUGGAUGAGUGUGACCCCAACCCCUGUGUGAAUGGGGCCAGCUGCCUGGACGGUCUCGGGUCCUACACAUGCCGCUGCCUCCCUGGGUUCAACGGAACCAGGUGUGAGACAGAGAUGUCUUCUGCUUUCAAUUUGGACUUUGAGGUGUCGGGUAUCCAUGGUUACGUAUUGAUGGACGGAGUGAUGCCGGCACUCACAGAGAUCACAUGCACUUUCUGGAUGAGGUCAUCAGACACUACCAAUUAUGGAACGCCCAUCUCCUACGCUGUAGAAGGCAGUGAUAACGCCUUCCUUCUCAUAGACUACAACGGGUGGGUGUUGUACGUGAAUGGCAAGGAACGGAUUACCGACUGUCCUGCUGUGAACACGGGCAACUGGUAUCACAUCGGAGUGUCCUGGAGGAGCUGGGAUGGAGACUGGAGAAUCUACAUCAAUGGGAAGCCAUCAGACGGAGGCAAAGGCCUGUCGGUGGGCUCCAGUAUCCCAGGUGGAGGGGCUCUGGUGUUGGGUCAGGACCAGGACCAGAGGGGUGAGGGUUUCAACCCUGUUGAAUCCUUUGUCGGCUCCAUCAGCCAGCUCAACAUCUGGGAUCGUGUCCUCACUCCACAACAGAUCAAGGUGCUUGCAAGCAACUGCCCAGCCUCCCAUGUCACCCACCGAGGAAAUGUUCUUGCCUGGCCAGACUUUCUUAAUGGAGUAGUGGGUCGAGUUAAAGUCAACCUCAGUAGUAUUUUCUGUGCUGACUGUCCGCAGCUCGAAAAUGCUGUGCCUCACCUCCACGCCUCCAAUGUGGAGGUGAGCCCAGGCGCCCAGGUCCAGCUCUCCUGUGAUCCCGGCUUCUACCUGGUGGGGGAGCCAGUGCUGCAGUGUCAAAAUAAAGGAGAGUGGAGCCACCCUCUUCCCAGCUGCCAGCGAGUGUCCUGCGGUUCUCCUCCACCUCUGGAGAACGGUGUGUUUCAGGGUGUGGACUCCUAUGCUGGCGGCUCAGUCACCUACCAGUGUAACGUGGGCUUUUACCUGCUGGGCGAUGCCAAGAUCCACUGUGCCAAUAGUGGCAAGUGGGGAUCAAAUCCUCCGGCUUGUCUUGAUGUGGACGAAUGCGCCCUGGGAUCGGACUGUGACAGCCACGCAAGCUGUCGGAACACUGAUGGCUCUUAUAUCUGCACGUGCAUCCAUCCUUACAGUGGAGAUGGAAAGAACUGUACCGAGCCGGUGAAGUGUGACAACCCUGGGUCUCCUGACUUCGGCCACAGAGAUGGAAGCAACUUCCUGAUGGGCGGUGAAGUCAUCUUUGGCUGCGAGAAUGGCUAUGAGCUGAUUGGCUCGUCCCACCUUCAUUGCCUGGAGACAGGAAGCUGGGACGGUCCUCUCCCUUACUGCAGAGCCCUCUCUUGCCCGGUGCCAUCUGUUCCAGAGAAUUCUUUAAUGAAGGGCAGCAACUUCACAUGUGGAAGCAAGGUGACCUUCAGCUGCAUGAAAGGUUUCCUUCCGCAAAUCCCCUACGAGUUCCAGUGUCUUUCCAGCCUGAGGUGGAGUGGGACGCCACCAGUUUGCCACCCAGUGUCCUGCGGGGGACCUCCAAUUGUCCAUAAUGCCCACUACACCCUCACCUCGAACACAUACCUGUCAGUUGCCUCAUACGCCUGUGCUGAAGGAUACAGACCACAGGCGCCCAUGGAAGUGGUUUGUGAAGAUACAGGAGAGUGGAGCAGGCCCUUUCCACGCUGUGUGGACAUCCUUUGUGGCGACCCCCCAGCACUGAGAGACGCUGUGACUGUGGGAGAGAACUACGAACUGGGGAAUAAAGUGCACUACGUCUGCAAAGAAGGAUACACUCUAAUUGGCUCCGAGACCAGAGAAUGUCUUCCAAAUGGCCAAUGGAGUGACAGCUAUGCUCAAUGCGUGCCUCGCUCCUGUGGACCCCCGCCUGCCAUUGACCACGCGGAGCCGUAUGAGAGCCACCAGCUGUUCGGAGACACGGCAAACUACUACUGUACUGACGGCUACACUGCCGGCAACAACUCUCAGAUGGUGUGUAACGCUCAGGGAGUCUGGGCACCGCCGGAUGGAACACAGGUCCCGCAAUGCAUCGCCAACUUCUGCUUGCGGCCGCCUGAGGUCUCUCACGCUAUUUUAGACUCGGUCAACAAACCUAAAUACCCGAGCGACUCUGAAGUCAGCUACAAAUGCGAGGAGGGCUUCAUGCUCAACACCACAGCGACGCUGCGUUGCCUGAUGGGAGGGGAGUGGGAGCCUUCACCGUACGGUAUCAACUGCGUGCCAGUGAGAUGCUCAAAGCCAGAGAGCAUCGAGCGGGGCUACGUGAGCGGAACAAAUUACAGUUUUGGCGCCAUUGUGGCGUACAGCUGCGAUAAGGGUUUCCUGAUCCGAGGGGAGAAGAGGCGGACCUGCAAAGCCAAUGGCGAGUGGGGCGGAGCUUUGCCUAGCUGUGUUCCUGUGUCCUGCUCCUCUCCACCUUCGCUCAAGAAUGGCUACAUCCAGGUCAGAGGUCGAUUCACCUUCAACAGCAAAGUGAUAUAUUCCUGCAGCGCUGGCUACAGACUGAUCGGCCGUCCAGAGCGAGUUUGCCAGGCCAACCGCCAGUGGUCCGACAACGACCCCCCUACCUGUGUCCUCCUGACCUGCGACCCUCCGCCCAGCAUUGCGCACGGACGCUACAAGGGCUCUGACUUCCAGGUGGGUCGCAAAGUGGAGUAUUUCUGCGACGAGGGCUACGAGCUCGCAGGAGAUGCCGUUUGGACAUGCCUCAAAUACGGACGGUGGGACAAGUCCAAGCGCCCGCGCUGCUCACCUGUGCAGUGUCCGGAGCCUCAGCUAGAGGAGAAUCAUCUGGUUCUAAAAAGCUUGGACUCUGCGUCUGGAACAGUGGAGUUAUCCUGCGAGGAGGGCUACGUCCUGGAGGGGGCGCAGAUCCUCCGCUGCAUGCCCUCCCAGGAGUGGAAUGACACCUUUCCUUGGUGCAAGCAAGUGGUUUGUGGACCUCCGCCUGAUGUAUCAUUUGGUGGCCCUUCUUCGUCUUCUCAACCUUUUGUCUUUAACUCCGUGGUGAGCUACAAAUGCAUGGACGGAUUCACUUUAAGAAAAGAGCGCACCGUGUCCUGCCUGUCCAGUGGGCAGUGGAGCAUUCCAUACCCAGAGUGUAUUCCCGUUGAAUGUCCUCAGCCUGUGGAGAUUUCCAAUGGCAUUGUGGACGUACAGGGUCUGAUGUACUUGAGCAAGGCACUGUACAGCUGUAAGACUGGUUAUAAUUUAGUGGGGAACGCCACUGUGCUUUGCGGGGAGAAGGGACUUUGGAUUGGAGGGGUGCCUUCCUGCCGCCCAAUCGAAUGCUCGCCCCCAAAACAGACUCCAAAUGGAAAAGUCGUUUUCACAAAGCUUCAGUUCGGUCACAGUGCCACCUAUUCUUGCCGCCGUGGUUACCACCUCCAAGGCCCGGAGACUCUUAAGUGCCUAGCAAGUGGGGAAUGGGACCUUCGUCCCCCUGUUUGCAUGCAAAUAUCCUGCACCCCGCCCCAACCCAUUGAAAACGGCUUUGUAGAAGGUCAGGAUCAUGGUUUCGGUGUCACCAUAUUCUACAGCUGUUUCCCAGGAUUCCAACUUGUCGGCCAGGACCACCUCACAUGUGAGGAGUUUGGCUGGUCCAGUGCUGUUCCCGUCUGCGUGCCCUCCGACUGCGGUCUCCCUCCUCACAUUGACUUUGGUGACUAUGUUAGGGUUACGGAGCUGGGAGCAGGCUCCCCUGGUGACCUGAGCUUCCUCCAGGGGACCCUGAUUGAGUACCGGUGUCAUAAAGGCUACGACCUCACAACCCCCACGCGUUUAGUGUGUCAGGAAGAUGGCAGCUGGAACGGAACGGCCCCCUCUUGUGUUCCAGCCGAAUGUGUGACACCCCCGACCCCGGAGCACGGCCAGGUGAACGUAACAGACACCUCCCUCGGCAGCACGGUCACAUACACCUGUAAGGAAGGAUAUGAGCUGGAAGGAGAUCCAGUGAGGCAGUGUUUAUCAGGUCAACUGUGGACCAAGGAUCCUCCAGUUUGUCGCCCUAUUUCCUGUGGUGACCCAGGACCUCUAGCUAACGGCACAGCUCAUGGUACCGCCUUUGUGUAUCCUGAAGUCCUCCGCUAUAAGUGUAAUCCCGGCUUUGUCAUCAAAGGUAGUGAUCAUAUUGUCUGUCAGGCUGACGGAAAAUGGAAUGGACAGAAACCUCUGUGCAAGUCAGUGUCAUGUGGUACCCCUGAACUCCCCAGUGAUGUCACUUUCAAAGGGAAAGAUUACGUCUAUAAUAAGGAGAUUGAACUCAGUUGCAAGCCCGGUUUCAUUAUAAAAGGGAAGUCUGUCAGUGUUUGUCAGGCUGACGGCACCUGGAGCCACGAUUCUCCUACCUGCGUACCCGCCCAAUGUGAGAAGCCCUCUUCGGUAUCAAAUGGGCGAGUGUUGGGGUCAGAGUAUGGCUUCAAUAGUAAGGUAAAGUAUCAAUGUGAUGAAGGAUACACAAUGAAUGGAGAUCCGACCCGUGUUUGUCAGUCUGAUGGCCUUUGGGACAAACCAGCACCUCGCUGUGAUAUCAUCAGCUGCGAUCCACCCGAGGACAUCAGCCAUGGUUUCCUGAACGGCUCCAGCUUCAACUACGAUGACAUAGUGGAGUAUGUCUGCUUCGACGGUUACGAGGUAGUCGGGGACCCAGUCCUGAGGUGCUCCGCCCAAGGAUUCUGGAUCGGUACCGUGCCUCAGUGUCGACCCUGCGUCUGUGCCCUCCCCGUUUUGAAAUUCGGGGCGGUGCUCGGCCACAAUCGCGCCUGCGGAGACAGAGUUCAAUUCCAGUGCGAUGACGGAUACAAGCUGCUCGGUCCUGCUCAGUCCGUGUGCGAGAAGGGAGGGGUGUGGAGCCCUGGGGUGCCUGUGUGUGGCCGCGGGAGGUGCACCGUCGCCCCGCCAUCAGUUCCAAACACUGUACUGCAGGGCGGCAGUGCCACCUUCCCCGACACAGUGAUGUACCGGUGCAGGCCUGGCUACCAGCCCAGGGGGUACCCACACCUCUCCUGUGGAAGAGAUGGUCGAUGGGGUGAGCCGAGGAUCAGCUGCGAGCCAGUGAGCUGUGGAAAGCCUCCUGCUGUUGCCAAUUCUCAAGUGCAAGGAGACGCCUUCACCUUCCCAAACAGGAUCACAUACAGAUGCGAGGACGGGUACGAGCUUGCAACACAGACGGCUACGCUGUCCUGUCUAAGUGACGGCACUUGGUCUAAGCACAGCAUUCAUUGCCGCCCCGUUCCCUGCCAGCUCUCUGCCAAUCAUUCCAUCCCUCAUUUGGUCAUCACUGGAAAGGAGCUCACACCUGUCGGGAGCACUGUCACCCUCUCCUGCCCUCCCGGAUUCUACCUGCAGGGGUCUGCGCUGGCUGAAUGUCAGCUCGGAGGACGCUGGGCACCGAGCAUUGCAUCGGUUUCAUGUGAGCUGGUGGUGUGCGAAAAACCUCCUCCUCUUCUGCACGGUGUGACUGAAGGGGAGAGCUACAACUAUGGAGACUUUGUCAUGUACUCCUGCUUGCCUGGCUUUGAAAUCAAGGGGGACUCUGUCCAGACCUGCCAGGCAGACAGAGCAUGGAGCGGCAGUCAGCCGGUGUGUGUUGCACAAUCCUGUGGGCCUCCUCCAGCAGUGAAGAAUACACAGGUGCAUGUGACAGGGGAAACGUACUUGCAUAACGCCAGCUAUAUAUGUGAUGCCGGCCUGCAGCUUGUCGGCCCAAAGACACUCGUCUGUUUGGCUAACGGCACGUGGAGCCUGCCAACGCCUUCCUGUGAAGUGUCUCAGGGCUGCAGUGGCCCCAAACAGAUAAUGCAUGGCAAAGUGCAAGACCACAACCUGACCACCGGGCGUGCCGUGGAGUUCCAUUGCGAUAAAGGCUACGACCUGGUUGGAGACUCCCUGGUCUUGUGCAUGGGGGGUAACACGUGGAGCUCCAGCUUCCCCACUUGCCAACCCAAGGCGUGCCCGACUCCUCCAGGCUGGAAGGACACGGGCAGCAGGAGCGAGACCCGCAAAUUCUACGUGGGCCAGUCUGUGCGGGUCGGCUGCCCUAAAGGCCAGCAGGUGAGAGGGAGCGGAAGCAUCACCUGCAGACCCGACCAGACCUGGACCUCCAUCAGUACUGUCUGUGAGAGGGUGUCCUGCGGCCCCCCACUCCACGUGGCCAACGGGGUGGUGCGGGGGGCGGUGUUCCAGUUCGGGGACGUGGCCGUGUACUCGUGUUUUGGCGGCUACGCCAUGGAGGGCGUCGGAAGGAGCAGGUGUUUGGAGAACGGCACCUGGACACCGCCUCCCACGUGCAGAGCGGUGUGUUGGCUGCAGUGCCAGAAUGGAGGUGUGUGUCAGCGGCCCAACACGUGCGCCUGCCCAGAAGGCUGGAUGGGUCGACUCUGUGAGGAGCCCAUCUGCAUCCUGCCAUGCUUGAAUGGAGGGCACUGCGUGGCACCCUACCAGUGCGACUGCCCCACCGGAUGGGCGGGCACCCGCUGUCACAGUGCGGUGUGUUCGUCGCCCUGUCUGAAUGGAGGCAGGUGCAUCAGGCCCAACAGGUGCCACUGUAGUCCAGGUUGGAGCGGACACGACUGUUCCAGGAAGCGGAGGUCAGGAUACUAUCACUUCUAAGAUGUUCCGCCCCUCCAAGUCAAUCAUCAUGUGAAGGCGGAUUCCUCCUAACUGACCCACUCAAACCAUCUCUUCCACAAUGUUUUGUAAAAUAAAGCUGUAUUUUUUCAUAUAAAAAAAACCAACAGUAUUAAACAUAUGCUGCUA